UUUCAUAAUGAGACUGUAGAUACCUUAUUUAUCACAUCAAACUUUGCUAUUUUUUGAUUUGAACCCAUACAACACAUUUUGCUUAUAAUAUUAGCUUAUCAAAAACAUCAAUAAUCAACUAAAUAGAAGGUACAACUUAUCCAUCAAUUUCAUCAUUCAGUCUAUCAGAAGCCAAACAUGGAUCAUCAAUCAACUUUAUUUGCUCCUGGAAUAGGUGGUACAGUUCGUGGUUCAAGAUCAAGGAUAAUGUCAUUUUCCAAUUUCAUUGAUAGGGGGAAAAAGAGUGGUAGACUAUUGUUUGGUGGUUCAUCUAGAGACUCAAGCCAAGUAGAUCUCAACAAUAGUGGGACACACAGUAAAGAGCAGACAUCAGCUAAUGCUACUAAAUUAUCACCCAACAGUCAACUUCCAACUUUGGUUACAAGUAUCCGUGCUACUGUUGUUGGUAAUUCUUCAUCACAAGAUCAACCAAAUCGUAAGCCAUUGCUUAACCAUAACUUCGAAAAUAAGGCAACAACAACUAAAGGAGGUCCAAACAAGUUCCACAUGAAACCGCUUACUAAAAAGAUCGAGGCUAAAAUGAAAGAAUUUGUUCUUGAUGAUGAAUAUGCUGACGAUGAAGAAGUUGAGAAAAUCCAAACAAUAGGCCCAAGUAAAUUUAUUGAAAGAAAAUCAAAACCAACAACACGUGAAUCAAUAGAAAUAGCUGAUGCCACCACACCUGAUAGUAAUAAUUCAAAAGACUUCCAGCAAAAUUUCAUUGGAAGAAGAGUGGUUCAAUUGAGUAAUCUUUCACCGUUUGUUGGUAUUAAGUCAAUUAUUGCACAAAUAACUGGUGGUCCUUUGGAGAAGAUUGUUAUAUUAUCCAACAGCCUUGCAAUAAAUAAUAACCGUUUCACUGGAGCUCCAAAUAGAAAUCCAAGUUUAGAGUUAUGGUUUGUAAAGCCUGAUGAUGCUGAAAGUUUUAUGAGAUUUAGUUUGAGUGGAAUGUUUCUUAUCAAUGGAUUUCAUUAUCAACCUCAAUGGGCACCUCCACAUUCACUUUUAAGAUCUCAAGAACCAUACCAUAUUCCAUUGAAACCAUUUAUUCUAGAAGAAGUUGAGCAGACUGGAGCACGUCGUUGUUUAAUACUAAAGAAACGAGCUGGGUCAUCCGCUGGUAGAUCAUCAAGACAUUAUCCAUCUCCAAAAUCACAUUUAUCAGAAUUGAGCAUUCCAAUAAUUCAUCAGGACUUCCAUGAAUUUGGUGAGAUUUUAGAAAUAACACCAGUUAUUUCAAGGAAGCUUUGUGUUGUAAUUCAUUAUUUCCACAUUGAAGGAGCAAUUAGGGCCAAGAAAUGCUUUGAAGAUAGGAAUUCAGAGUUUUAUCAGAAAUAUAGCCAAUGGUCUCUAUGGUAUGGUAAAGAUCCAGUUGAUAAACCUUGUAUAAAUAUUUGAGCCUGGUUUCCUUUGACUGAACGUGUAGAUUGAGCUCAGCAGCAACAAUACCAGUAGCAGCAAGCAGGCUCGAAUUCAAGCAUCAUCUUCAACUGGAUUCAAUUGAUUUCA